CUCCUCUUCCCUCCUUCUUCUACCUUUUUCUUCUUCUCUCUCUCUCCUCCCUUCUUCUUCCUCCUUUUUCCCCUUCCAAAUCUGUGUGGGUUCUCCCCUGAAAAAGGAUCUAGGUUCUCUCUCUAAGAAAGAACCCAAUUUUGGGUUCUCUAAGAAAAACCAUUUUCCAUGAGAGUCAUGGAUUGACGAUGGACAUAGUCAAUUGAGGCAAACAUUAAUGAAGGCUAAGGAUUACAAAGAUUUGAGCCUUUUGAUGUUGAUCGCAAGAAUCCGAAUCUGGGUUGUUUCUGUACAAGCUAAGGUUUUUUGCUUUCUUUUUCCUUUUUGCUGUGUUUGGUUGCCAUGAAAGGGUGGUUUCUUUUCCAGAGUCGAAGUUGGUGUGCAGAAGGAAGAUAUUGUCAUUGUUAGAGCAAGGAUUGUUGGCCUUGCCACUAUAGUGUUCCCUCAUAGGUAAAUCCCUAAAAAGUAGUACAUUUUCAGUGCUCUAAUUCAUGAAUUGCUUUGAUUAGUUACUCAAUUUUGUUAUGACCAAGCUUGGGAUUCAGUCGGUGGUGCUUGAGCAAGUGGAGUCACUUUGAACUGUUGCAAUGAGCUGAAACCUAGAUCUCAUCCACAGCGUUAGGAGUAUUCCAGGUCCAAGAUGUACCACAAUUUUUUCAUGAUUUAGAAAAUCUAAACCCAAAAUUUGGUCUCCAUUGUUUAGAUUUUUUGUUUCCUAUGAUUUGAUAUUUUGAUGUUAAAAUUGGAUGUGAAAUUGUAUAUUUUAUUUGCAAUUAAUUGGUGUAAUUUGGAUAUUAAAUUAGAAAAAAACUU